AUGGAGCCCCGAGCUCGCGCCGGCAAAAAUGUCGGAAAGAUGAACUUUACCGCUAACGACUUAAGCCUCAUCCUCUUCGGCUUCGGCGACGUCAAACAACCCCUCCCCGAAACCCUCCGCGUCUGCGACGAAAUCCUCACCGACUUCAUCCAAGGGGUAGCCUUCGAAGCCAACCGCGUGGCCCACCACGCGGGCCGGCAAAAGAUCAAAGCCGAAGACUUCCAGUUCGCCUUCCGCCGCAACCCGUCCUUCCUCGGAAAGAUUCAAGAGGUCUUCGAGAAGAAGAACGAGAUUGAGAGCGCCAGGCGCAUUUUUAAGGAAACCGAGGAUGAUAUCGUGAAGGAUGCCGCGGCGCAGGAGGCCAAGGGCGCUCCCGCGAGUGCGAAGAGGGCUUCUUCGGAGGCGGGGAGGAGUAGGAGCGGUGCGGGUGCUGCUGGGAGGGUGGAGGUGGUGGAGGAGGAGGCUUUGGGGGAGCAGGAUGAUGAUGUGGAGGCUGAGGCGGAUGUAUUGAGGAAGAGGUGA